AUGGUUGGCAAAAUUCCCAGAGUUCGCUUCCAUCCGAGUUCCCCCUCUAACCUCGGGCCCCAUCGUUCGAAAGUGUUCAAAAGUCGACAAGAUCCCUAUCCCACGUCUUCAGCCUACCCAGAUUCCUGGGUAGCUGAAAAUGACACCGCUCAUGGGCUACGAGUUAGCCUGCUGAAGAACCGCAGGGGCUCGGUGCCUUCUAGCGUAGAAAGCGAUGAAGAUGAUGAAGAUGAGUCUUUCAGAAACGCACCAUGGCGGAGAGAUCGACGAAGUAGCGUCGCUCGGAGCACUGACAACGAGACUAGCUCAAAUUCCGACGGGCUAGUACAAUCGAUGCUAGAGGAACUUCGCCGGUAUAACGACGCGGCCAAGUCAAUAAGUGAUAACGAAUGGGUUCACCCGCCUCGGCCGCGUAGUCGCGCUAGGAGGCUCGACCCCGUGCAGUACUCCAAGGAGCGGGUCCAGGAGCUCAAGCGAUGGUCCCAAGCGCAGGCUUUCAUGUACGGGCAGACAACCUCGAGCCUCCGAAGCACCGACACGAAACAUCCUCGUAGCGCCUAUGUCCCUGGGACGGUCUUUAGCGCUCCAUUUCACACAUCCAGCAGCUCUGACGAGAUGUACGUCCAAGCCGACGACCCGAACCUGACGGCCACUCCCUUCGGCACGGUUUGCUCCAAGUACCGCAAGAUGAUAGUUAUAAGAGUGUAUGGUGAGCACUGCACGUGCCUGCCUAUAUACACUCACAACGGCCGUGGCCUUGACAGUAAGGAGUUCCCAAAAGAGUUCGUAAGUAUCCGCGAUGUCGCCGAGAAGUGGCCGGAGCCAUACGAGGGUCCUCAUCCGGGAAUUCUCGCGAUAAGAGAUCAGGAGUUCCGGGCCGGGUCAUUUAUUACCGGUAGGUCUGUCGUUAAGUUGACCGAAUCCAUCAGUCAUCGCUUUGAUGCCCCAGCAACUAUUGAAGGCCGUCUCGAUAGCGAGAGCGAGUCUCGGCAGAGGCUUUUCGAACUGAUCAAAUUAGUAGAUGGGUAA